AAUGACGGCGUCAGCAGCAGAUUCCGCAAUAAAAGGUUGAGCGUCUGAAAGGACGCAGCAUUCCUCCAGACGGCGGCACCGGCUCCACCAUGAGUUUCGGCUGGGACUUACUUGAUGCUUACCCAUCCAGGAGGCUACCCCGGGACAUGGGGGUCCGCACUCCGGCCUGGUCCCUCAAGCACAGCCCCCUGUCCGCCAGCCGCGGCCUCGGCUCCCCGCUGCACAAGUCCCCGGACAGCCUGCACCUGCUACCGCCCGGAGCGCUGGCCGAAGACCUGGCCGCGCUCGGCAGCAACGAGAAGCUACAGAUGCAGGGACUGAACGACCGCUUCGCCGGCUUCAUCGACAAGGUGCGGCAACUGGAGCAGCUGAACCACGGGCUGGAGGCCGAGAUCGCAGGGCUGAGGGAGCGGCAGAGCCGCCAGUCCGGACUGGCCGCUGGCUACGAUCCCGAAAUGUCCGAGUUACGGAACCUCCUGGUGGAAGCGGAGAAACAGAAAGUACAGUUUGUGUUGGAGAGCGAGCAGGUGCGGGAGAGCGCACAGCGCCUGGCCGAGCGGUGUGAGGCUGAGGCGCGGGCACGUGUGGAUACACGGGCUAGUGUCCAGGCAUGUACUACUGAGCGGGACAACAGUAAUGUGGCCACACUCGAGCUGCAGCGUAAAGCGCAGUCGCUGAUGGACGAGAUCGCCUUCCUGAAGAGCAACCACAAUGAGGAGGUGUCCGACCUGUACAGCCACAUCCAGGCGGCGCAGGUGAGCGUGGAGGCGAGGGAUGUGGCCAAGGCUGACCUGGCGGGAGCCCUGCGGGCGAUCCGGGCUCAGAUGGAAGACUGCAGCGGCGACAACAUGGGCCAGACCGAGCAGUGGUUCGAUGCCCGUGUGGCCAAGCUGAACCAGGCGGCGGCGGUGAACAGGGACGCCCUACAGAGCACACGGCAGGAGCUGAGCGAAUACAGCCGCCAGGUGCAAUCCCGGGACAUCGAGCUACAGACCAUGCGGGCGAGGAAGGAGUCGAUGGAGAAGCAGCUAGGCGACGUCGAGGCCCGACACGACUCCGAUCUAGUCGGCUAUCAGGACGACUUCCAACAACUAGAUAACGAACUAAAAAAUACAAAGCGGGAAAUGGUGCUGCAUCUGCGGGAAUACCAGGAGCUUCUUAACGUGAAGAUGGCCUUGGAUGUGGAGAUCGCCUCUUACAGGAAACUGCUUGAAGGGGAAGAGACAAGAUUCGGUGACUACACACCCUCAACAUAUACUUACAAACCACAGCCAUUAACACAUGCAACCUACAUGCCAACCAAGACCAAAGCCACCUCAACAAAGGUCAUGCCUCAGUACAGGUUUGUAGAAGAAAUCAUUAGUGCAACAACCAAGGAAGUUAACAUGGCAGAGUUGGAAGCUGAUUACAAGAUAGUGACGGGUCAGGAUGGAGAAACACAAGGCGAGGCAGCAGAAAGAGAGGGAGAUGCGGACAAGGAACCAAGUGAAGCAGGAGAAGCUGCAGAGGAGGGAGAGGAAGCUGAGGAGGUAGAAGAUAAGGGCGGGGAAGAAGAGGCAAAGGUGGAUGUUGAAGAAGAGGAAAAAGAUGAAGAGGAGGUUACAGAACGAAAGGAUGAAGAGGAUACAGGUGAAGAUAAGGUUGAAGAGGCAGAAGAGGAUCAGGUUGAAGGAAAGGAUGGAGAGGUUGAGAAGGAGGAGGAACAGGUGGAAGAGGAGGAGGUCGAAGAGGAGGGGGUCAAAGAGGAGGAGGUCAAAGAUGAGGUCAAAGAUGUCAAAGAGGACGAGGUCAAAGAUGUCAAAGAGGACGAGGUCAAAGAUGUCAAAGAGGACGAGGUCAAAGAUGUCAAAGAGGACGAGGUCAAAGAGGACGAGGUCAAAGAGGACGAGGUCAAAGAGGAUGAGGUCAAAGAGGACGAGGUCAAAGAGGACGAGGUCAAAGAGGACGAGGCUGAAGGAAAGGAAGAGAAGCUUAAAGAGGAAGAGACGGUUGAAGUAAAGGAUGAAGAGGCUAAAGAAAAGGUUGAAGAGAAAGCAGUAAAGGAAAAGGUUGAGGAGAAGGUUAAAGAGAAGACUGAAGAGGAAAAGGCUGACAUAAAAGAUGGAGAGAAGGUUGAAGAGAAGGCUGAAGAGCAAAAAGCUGAAGAGCAAAAAGCUGAAGAGAAGGUGGAAGAGAAGGCGGAAGAGAAGGCUGAAGGGAAGGAUAAAGCGGAAGAGAAGGCUGAAGAGCAAAAAGCUGAAGAGAAGGCUGAAGAGAAGGCUGAAGAGAAGGAUAAAGCGGAAGAGAAGGCUGAAGAGCAAAAAGCUGAAGAGAAGGCUGAAGGGAAGGCUGAAGAGAAGGAUAAAGCGGAAGAGAAGGCUGAAGGGAAGGCUGAAGAGAAGGAUAAAGCGGAAGAGAAGGCUGAAGAGGUGGUGGAAGAAAAGGCAGAAGAGAAGAAAGAAGAGAAAGCAGAAGGAAAGGUUGAAGAAAAGAUUUCUGAACAAAAUGCUGAAGCAAAAGGCAUUUCUAAGGCAAAGGAAGGUGAAGGUGUAACGGGAGCAUCGGUGGUGAAGGGGGGUGAUCAGGUUGAGGAUAAGCUAAUGGGCAAGGAUGAAAAGGCAAAAGUGCCAGACACCAAAGUAGCAGGAGGGGAGAGCCAGUUAACUUCAGGAACCAGGCCAAUAAAUGGUAAAGAAACAGUGACAGAGACUGAGACUAAGGAUGAAGCAGCUUCCACAGAGAACGGCCAAAGGACACAGUAAAGGACAAAAGGCGAAGAAGUGAACAGCAAGCAGCAACAAUUGCCAAACGCUUGCUAAUACACCAAGCAGAAAGGAACUAUGUGAAAUGCAUGUUGGUGGAGACAGGUCUCAGGAAUACAAGUGUGUACUGUAGAGAAUAGGUGAUAAUCUCAGGGCUACAGCUCGGCUAAUGCUGCAUGAACCAUUGCACUGUUAAAUACUGCAGGCAUCAUAGCCAGCUGAGGAAAUGUGGGGCUCAAUAUGUAUAAACACGAGCAAAUAAAAGACA